AUGUGGCACCAACAUGGUGUCACCAAGAGACCGGGAGAGGGUAAAGCCGAGAGUGCCUGGUGGAGCCAGGCCUGCUACCCACUCCGUCGCCAUGAAUUAUGCAAGCCACCCGCUUAUGUGCCCUCGUGGCUUCCUAUAGCCAGCAAGCCGAAGGGCGCUGGCUGGCAGGGCGGGGAAGGCCAAGGGCAUGAUGGGACCUGGAGCAGGUGCCCCUGGCCGCAGUCUGCCGGGCGCUCCAGGGCUGCAGAGGAGGCCGGGCCUGGCACUGCUGGGCAGAGCUCCCAGCACUUCACACAAGGUCUGCCGCCAACCUGCUGUGGCACAGAGGUGGCAGACACGGCUCUCCAUGCCUCCACGGGCUCGUCACAGACUUGUCGUGGUUCAUUCCGGGCCACCAGCAGCCCACUGAAGGCCAGUGACCAAUACCAGCCCUUUCUGUCAUGUGGGCACAGAGGGGCAGGGCCCAUGAGUGAGCAGCUGGCUGGAGAGGGCCGGUCCUUCCUGCUGAGCAUGAAGGCCACUGUGUGGGACAGCGAGGAGCCACUGGGAUCCCACGCAGGACACAGAGGGCACCCGUGCAAGUCUCAGCUGGCCGCAGAAGCCAGGACACACCAGGUACCCACAGGAAUGUCAGCAGCUUGACAAGCCCAGGCAAAGUGCAUGUCAGAGGACACACAGGCUCCCGUUGGCCACCCACAGCUCCUCGGCACCGCUGUCCACCAACAGGCCCACAGCGAGGGUCCAGUGUAGACUGCAGAGGGGCCGGUCUGUCUGAGAGCUGCCCGCGGGCUUUGGGGCCUGCACGCCUGGCCUCUCAGGGAGGGCAGUGCAGCCGGGCUGAGCCUCAGGACCCUGCGGCCUCCAGCUGGCGGAACAGCCAGGUUCCAUCUGUGUCCUCAGAGGGUCAGAGCCGCAGGCCACACAGGCCCCUGGUAACAGUGAGCUCAGUUUCUGGCACCGUGAGUUCCAGAUGCCAGAUCCACCGUUCGAGGCUUGUGUCCACAGCCAGGCAAGUGGCUGUGUCCCCUGAGUGGACAUCAAGUCCAGCCCUGGUGAUGGAGAUGGGCAGAGGAUGAAAAUUCCCAUCCACCUGCAGGGACACGAGACCGUGCUGGGGUCAGCAGGAAGAGCCUCCUGUCAUCCUGUCCCUCUGCCUGGUGGCCUUCCAUCCUGUCCAUCCCCUUGCCUGUUCUACUUUCUGUCUGCCCACCUGUCACUGGACUCUCUGUGCGUUCACCGUAGGAGUUGGGAUAACAAGGCACGCGUUAGGAAGACGGGGAAGACCAGGGCCCCGUGUGGGUGACACUCCUGAGGGGUGCAGGAAGCUAAUGGGCCAAGUGCAGCAGAAAACCCAUGUGAGAUGCCCCAGGGCAUGAGGGAGGGGGAGGGGGGGCAAGCCCAGGCACCCCUGCUUCGAAAGAGUAAGGCCCAAAGGGUGUGCCGCUGCGGAGAUGGGAGGAAAGCAGAGAGUGGCAUCCUGGGAGUUGAGGAAGGGACAGACCUGUGUCAGCACCCACAGUUGAUCAGGCAGGAUGUAGGCUGAGCAGGAACCUCUGGAUGGGGGACCUCAUUAAGAAAGGUUUUGCUGGGCUGGGUGUGGGGGCACAUGCCUAUAAUCCCAGCAACUAGGGAGGCUGAAGAAGGAGGAUCCCAAGUUUGAGGCCAGCCACAGCAACUUAAGGAGGCCCUAAGCAACUUUAGCAAGACCCUGUCUCAGAAAUAAAAAGAACUGGGGAUGUGGCUCAGCCAUUAAACACCCUUGGGUUCAAUCCUGUCACGAGGGGGCAAAAUUGUGACAUAUGCAGUCAAGGAGGAAAAAUAAAGAAUGUCCACGUG